CCUCGGGGUGAGUGGGUGAGUCCUUGAUGGCGGGGGUCUCAGCAGUGUCGCGGGGGAAAUGUUGGGACAGUACGGCUCCAAUGGCAAAGUCGGAGGCAUCAGUGGUGACAUAGAAAUGGCGAGUGGGGUCGGUGAUCUUGAGGACAGGGGCCACGGUGAUGGUUUGCUUGAGGAAGUCGAAAGUGUGCUGGCAGCGAUCGUUCCAAUUGAAGGGCUCGUCCUUGCGUAUGAGUUCGUGGAGAGGGUAAGAGAUCUCGAAAAAGUUGCAAAUGAAUGGGCGGUAAUAGUUGGCAAGGCCGAGGAAGGAACGAAGUUGGAGGAGGGUCUUGGGYGGGGGGUACUCGACGAGGGUUGUGACCUUCGAGGGGUCCAUACGGAUGCCUUCAGCGAAGACAAUGUGGCCAAGGUAUUCGACGCUCGAAGCGGCAAACGUUCAUUUGCUGAGCUUGGCGUAAAAUUUUUGCUCUCGGAGGAUCGAGAGGACUUGGCGAAUGUGUUGAAGGUGAGACUCGAAGGUGGGGCUAAGGAUGAGGAUGUCAUCAAGGUACACGACGACACAGACUUCGAGGAGGUCACGGAAGAUGUGGUUCAUGGUGGACUGGAAUGUGGCGUGGCAUUGCCGGUGGAAGAGAGGUCGGCUUUGCCGACACAGGCUUCGGUGAUGAAGUUGUCGGUGGCACCAAUAUCAAGGAGGGCCCGGAACUUCCCCGUCGAUGCGCCGAGGGAGACGGCGAUAAACUUGAGCUGGAAUCGUGCGGUUCCGGCACAAGCAAAAGAGAUCAUGGUGUUGAGGCGGCGUUGUUCCAAGCCUAAUCUAACAAGCCGAUCGUGUCGUGCUUGUUCCUCAACGAGAUCGGAGAAGGUGGUGGAGGAGGGGUUAGGAAUGAGAGUAGAAGAGCAGGUGCUAGUGGGGAGCUCGACCGACGGGAUAGCAGAAGUCGUCGGGAGGGGGGCAAGCGGAGUAGAUUGCGUCGCUUGGGGGUCGUCCAAUGGGAUGUGCAUCACCGGGGAGGGGGUAGGCAGACAGAUAGUCGAUGCCAAGUGGGCCACCGGUGGAGGAGAGAUCGUCACCGAUGGGCGAGCCGACAGACAAGUGGUCGAUGCCGGGGGAGGGUUGCAAGAGUCAGGGGGACAAUGUUCAGGUGGAGGAGGGUCCGGAUGUCGUGGUGGAGGGAGAAGUGGAAGUAGAAGGGCCGGGUCCCGCGGAGCGAGGGGCCUGUCGAGUAAAGUGGCUAGCUUUCUGGAGACGACGGGGUGGAGAGGAAAAAGGCGGUCAGGAGGCACGAGCCUGGCGUUCCAUCCGCAUAAGGUGGGCGGCCUGGAGGUCCUCAAGGGUGAAUUAGGAGGGGUCGGGAGAGGCAGUGUCAAAGUCGUCAUUGGAGGUGGAUGGAGUGGUGUCGUCAGGGGUGAUGUUAUGGAAAAAGCGGGGGCGGGAGAGAUCGGGUGUGGAUUGGUGAUGGGGGUGGAGGAGUCGAUCGUGGUGACGCAUGCGAGAGAGGAAGUCAGCAAGGGGCAUGUCGAGUUCGUGGGCAAGGGCGGUUGCAAGAUCUUUGUCGCAUACUCGCUUGAUGCGGGAGAUGAACGCAACGUCGGGAAUGAUGGUGGUGGGGAGGUGAUAGCGGAGGGAGCGGAUGUAUUGGACGAAGCGGUCCGUGGGACCGGUCUGGCGGAGGUGACAAAAUUGUUCGAGGUAGUCAUCGAUGGUUUUCUAGGGGCGGAAAGUGGCAGUGAGAAGGUUGGAUUGGAGGAAGGAGUGACGCGGUCCUCCAGAGGCGUGGCGGUUGCUGACUUCAGCCAUCCACCGUUUGGCGGAUUUGUCGAGGAGGCGGGAGGUGGCAAUGGGAAGCCAAUGGACAAGGGGCAUGUGGUGGACCUUGAAAGAGUUCUGGAGCUGGGUAAGGAAGAGGAAAACGUCCUCGUGGGGAAGGCCGAAGAAGGGCAUGAUGUCGGCGGAUCGGAAGGAACGGGGGAUUUCCCCCUCGCGGGAGACGAUCCGGGCGAGGGUGUUGAAGUUGAGGUUAUCGGGGGUAGUGUCGUAGCAGGUGUAAUCGAAUUGGUUGUUGUCGUCAAGGAGGUAGUUGGGGGGAAGUUGUGGCAUUGCGGGGUAAGCCCCGAAGGUGACUUGGGAAUAGGUGGGACGGGGGUGGGGAUGGUGGAGAUCGUCAUGAUGGGUUGUGAUAUAGUAUGGAAGUGCGGGGGGGGAACAGGCGUGACGUGGUUAGAGGUGGGUGUCCUGGUCGUGACCACUGUGAUUGUCGGGGUUUGCUGCUCGAUAGAGGUCACACGGUUGGAUAGGCCAGAGAUAUUGGUUUCGAUUUUGGUGAUGGACGCGCGGAUGUCCAUUUGGAAAGAGGACAUCAUGCGAAUGAGGGUGGCGAUAUCAGUGGCAACGGGCUUGGAUCUUUGUUCGCCCGUAAGUUCGCGAGCGAGGCUGUCAACAAACUUGGUGUUGACGGCGGUCAUAUCGAUGCUGGAGGAUUGGGCCAUGUUGGGGGAAGAUGGAGUGGAUGCGGUGGCUGAGGCGACGACUGUGGAUGAGAUGGAGGCAGACGUGGCAGCAGCGGCGGCGGCGUCGACGGCUGCGCGUUGGGAGGUCUUGGUUUGGAGUGGUGGCAUGUGGAGAUUUGGGAGUGGCAAGGGGUGGGGGUGGGGAGGGUAUUUACAGCAUUAAUUGAUUUAUUAAAAAAUAAGUAAAGGUAUUUGCCAAAACAAUAAAUGAAUAAAAUGGGAAUUA